AUGGCUUCUGUCGAUCUGCAAGAAAAGGCAAAUUUUACAAGACUCAGUAGACUUUUGGUUGACAAAGGAACUGAAGCUUUGAAAACUACAUUAGAUGCUAUUCAUCCUCCUGCCAGUUUACCUGCGGUGCUUGCUGCCAAUAGGACAUCCCUUCUAAAGUUAAAGCCUCGAGUUAUUAAUGAUUCCCAAUGGGACUUACUAUACCCCCCAUCCAGCAACCCGUCAGAUUCCAAUACCUUUGAUGUUACGUUACUUACAGUUCUAUUCAGGAACAUUUGUGGCUUACCGAAAACAGGAUGGGAUGCAAUACCAGUGGAAACAGAUAGAUCAAUGCAAGCAAAUAUCGUACGAAUCAAGACGUAUAGAAAUAAAGUUUAUGCACAUGUGACGUCAACUCAAGUGGAUAAUACAACGUUUGAAUCUUUAUGGUCAAAAAUUUCCCAGGCUUUGGUUGAAUUGAACAUUCCUCAGAAUGAGGUCGACGAAUUGAAAAUACGCGCUUUAGGACCCGAAGAAGAAGUAUACGUGAGAAUACUUAGAGAUUGGAAAUUACAAGAAGAAAGCCUAAAAGAUGAUGUUACGUCCAUCAAACGUUCUGUAAAUCGUUUGACACAGAUAACAGAAGCUGGAAUACAGAAACUCUGUCAGUCAGCUUUGGAGGAAGUCCCUAAAAAGGCCAAUCUUGAGAAAAAUCGAGACAAGGAGAAUGAAGAUCUCUUGCGAAAACUCGCAAAGCAUAAUUUCAAGAGUAAAAUUAGAAGUAAAGUCAAAUUUUUCCUGCCUGGCACAAGACAGUGGUUAUUAAAGGAGCUGGACAAGUGGCUUAUUGGGAACGAACACGAAUCGAAAAUAUUGGUAUUAACUGCUGGACCAGGGUUUGGCAAAAGUGUGUUUGCAGCUAAAGUCUGUGAAGAUUUUAAGAAGAAGGGAAAGUUGGCAGCAUGCCACUUUUGUGACUUCAGUGAUUCAAACCUACGAAAUCCUAUGAUGAUGCUUCAGUCUCUCGCGAGUCAAAUGUGUGAAAAUGUCGUAGGAUUUAAAGAGAAGCUUCUUGAUCAGUUGCAACGACCUCAUCAAGUCCGAAGCCUAAAGGAUGCCUUUGGAAUAUAUUUGCAAAACCCACUUGAUGAAUUGGAAGUAAGGGAACCCAGUUUAGUCGUGAUCGAUGGCUUAGAUGAGAGUGCGACAGAUGAUAAGAAUGAAAUUGUAAAUUUGAUUGCUGGUUAUUUUCCAGAUCUUCCUGAUUGUAUAAAGGUCCUGGUGACGAGCAGGCCGGAGAUUUCCUUGGAAAAACUAAGCGGUCUUCUUAAGAUCAAUAUUAAAAACGAUAAUGUCAAGAAUAACUCAGAUCUUAAAAUGUACCUCAAAUCUUGCCUUCCUAGUCUACCUGACAGGAAAGAGGAGUCACCAGUAUUUCAAAUGCUUGUUGAGAUGUGCGAGGGCUCAUUUUUGUAUGCGUUUUUCGCUCAAUCUGAGCUACAAAAACGCGAUGAUCUUGACAAGGUGAAGUUUGAUGAAAUUAUCAAAUUUGUCCCAAAAGGCCUGGAUUCUAUUUACGAAGCUUAUUUUAAACGCCUCGAAGCUGAACUUAAAGCGAUAAUGCCCGGAAAUCUUGAUGUGUUGAGAGUCUUGGAAAUGCUAGUUGCUUGUGAAGGACCCCUUCCACUCACUUUCGUCGCUCGGGCUUUUGGUUUGGCUUCAGAUUGUCGCGAAACGAAAAACAUAAUUAACAAAGUCAAUAUGGCAGUAUCGUGCUUGUUAUACGUUUCUGAUGAUCUGGUGACCGUUUUCCACAAAACCGUUAUUGAUUGGCUUCUGGCGAAGGGCUACAAAGAUCACGAGUACACUGUCAAAGUCAGUGAUGGAAAUAAGUCGCUUUGGCUGAUAUGCGAGCAGAUUUUUGAAGAUAUUAAGAAGUCUGUUUGUUCCGGGCAUGACGUAAACUUAGCUAGUGACGCAAAGUAUGCUGUAAAAGACGGCCUUCGAAAUCUUCUCGCAUGCAAUAUGAAGGAACGUUUUUUUUGGUUAGUGGAUGUAGUAAUAAUACACUUUAGUUCAACUUAUUUCGGCGAAACCGAAAUGCUUACCCUUUGGUCAGAUAUUCUUCGUGUUGACGCAGUCAUGAACGACGAAUUACGUGCACGAAUUUCGUGGCAUAUCCUUGUAAUGGACUUUUUGUUACGAUUUAGACCAAACUUUGACGUUCCUAAUAUGUCUUCAAUACAGUCAUUUUAUUUACAAUGUGUUCUUACACAUUCUCCAAAAGGUUAUUUCAAUGAUCAAGAAAAGAAAAUUGCAGAGUUACUUUUAUCAAAGGUCUUAAGAUUUGUAGAUAUUACUUGCAAUCAUGAAGUGGAGGUUAUGCCACUUGCAAUCUGGUAUCUUUAUCCAAGAAGGCCAGGGCUUGCAGCUUUUGGUUUCUCCACGAAUAUGACAAUGGCAACGAUCGCAGAUGGAGAUGGAAAAAUUUCAGUGGUUCGUAUGCCGGGUUUGGUUGAGAUCUUUCAUUAUUUUUCUGAAUUUAAAGAAUGUUCAUGUUGUAUAUUUGCUCCAGAUGAUUCGUUCGUUUUAUUUGGAAAACUGAAAACUGUGCUUAACAUUGCUGAAAGAAAAGAAGUACCAUUUUUCCAAAGAAAUGAAGAGACGUUUACGUCGUGUGCAUUUUCCCCGAACGGAAAGAGGCUGGUAACUGCCAACGGUUCAAGCACAAUUAAGUUAUGGGAUGUUGCUAAGCAAAACUUACUCUCGUUGCUAUGUGCUGAAAUUCCUGUUAAAUGGUGUUCUUUCAGCAGCAAAGGGCUGUUCAUCAUUGCAGAUAGGAGGGUUGAUGAUUUCAUCCAAUUCAACGAUGAAGAUUUGUUUUGCAGUUGGAACGCCAUUACACUGCAACGGAAUGAUGAACGAGUCUUACCUGAAACAAGUUGUAAGGAACAAAAAGCAUUCCGGAGUAAGCUAUGUAAACGUUGUUUUCUUCCAGCAUUUGAAAGACUACCGAUAUCUAAAAGAUUAUAUGUAGAGCGAUGUAUGGCGUCGGAUGGCAGGAAAAUACCAUACAGUACCUGUUCUACAGGAAUUUACAAUGGUGUAGAGUGUAUUUUUGCUUUGCAGCAACAAAUUCUGGGUGUCAUAGAAAACACUCAUUUCACCACGCUUGCUGCUUGGAAAUGUAUUGAUCAUAUUUCAUUCGAUCAGUUUUUUUGGAGACCCCCUAAAAUAACAAAGAGUGAAGGUGAUAUGUGGCUCUUCGCAUCUCCAGAAAAACUAAUGGUUUUUAGAACAUUAGUUCCAAAGUGUCCCACGAAGGUUCUUUGGAGUUCGUUUUUUCCUGAUGGUUCCCGACUCGCAACUUGUUCUUCAGAUGGAUGUAUUAACAUAUGGAAUGUCGAUACAAGACAAGUUGAGCAGCUUUUCAAGAGCAAUCAGGAUGAAUCGCCAUUUGCUUGUUGGUGGUCGAAAGAGUUUUUAUUCGUGUUGUUUAGCUUUUGUGACAGGAUUUUCAGCUUAUUGAAAUACCCAAUGGAUGUCAAUCUAAAGAUUCUAUUCUCUCAGAGCAAACAAGUGCCUCUAGGGCAUUUAGUGGGUGCGAUCGUAUCGUUAUCUGCAGUCGUUGACUUUUCGGAGGGCUUUCUCAUUUUCGAGUGCGGAGAAAAGAAACAUGUAAAAGUUCUUGAUGUAAACAGAGUCGGAAAACCGCGGGAGGUAAUCUUACCUGGAAUUGAGCUUCAGAUGAGUAUUUCAGUUUCGCCUGGCGCUUCUUUUGUUUUGGGCUAUGGUAAAUAUAAUUAUUACAUUUGGAAAAUAAAUGCCGAAGAAGCGGGUGUUUAUGAAAUAUUUUUUACCAGCUCGGCUACACGAGGUCCCUCUGAUAGUGUAUUUUGCUUCAGUAGUGAUUCUAAAGUUGCUGUGGUUGCGAGCGGGGAAGUUGAUUAUCUGGAGCAAAGUCAAAUUAUUGACUUGGAUUCCGGCUAUCACAAACGUGUGUUUUUUAAUCCUACUUGUGAUAGUAAUUACAAACUGUUUUGUAUUAACAAAUACAGAAUUAUUAUCAUUGCAAGUCAUCAGUGUAUAGAAAUUUUAGACAUGGACUCCGGUGCGAUUCUGGACUCUCCUUCCUUGCAGGGAUAUUUGACAUGGCAGUUUUUAAUACAAACAAAACUUUCUCCAAACGAGACUACGCUAGCUUUUCCUACGAUAAAUGGCGAUAUGGAAUUUCUUCGACUGUCCAUUCCGCAAAACCCACUUUUGUCUAGUAUCAAAGAUAAGGCAGCUAUUAAAUGGGACAAGUGUAUGAAAGAGUUUGUAUAUUUUUGA